AUGAUAAGUGAUAUCGAACUUUUAUGUGAACACCUGAUAGAGAAAUACCCUAAACUAGAAGGAGUUGAACCUUAUUGCCCAAGAUUACCUGAGUUUUAUGGUACAUACAAGACACACAAGAAAAUCAAUCCACCCCCACUACGACCAGUAACAUCACAAGUUGACUCACCAGGAGAGAGACUUGGACAUGCUACCAACCACAUCUUGAAACAAGCCCUUCAGUAUGUACCUGUUCACCUCAAAGACUCCACUGAGGCCCGACAGCGACUGCAACAAUGCUCAAUAAACUCCAAUCACAUGCUCAUAACAGCCGAUGUGAAGAGCCUAUACACCAACAUCCCACUGGAACAUGGAGUCAAAGUGGUCUCAGACUUUAUCAAACAUCACAGGGAUAAAAUCGAUAUGCUUGGGAUAGAACACUUUGACUUUGUCACUAUGCUGAAAACCGUGACUCAGUCUGCAUAUUUUAGAUUUGAUGAACAAUACUAUAGACAAACGGAAGGACUAGGGCUGGGAGUAAAACCAGCCCCAACAUUUGCCAUCAUAUACGUAUACUUGACAGUAGAGAAACCAUUACUGGAACAAGAUUUCACAUACAGUGAAGCUGAACCAGGAGAUAGACCAUCAAAUCUCAUGCCUGUGUAUUGCUGGAACAGGUAUGUUGAUGACUGUAUCACUAUAGAGGAAGGAACAGAAAAUGACGUCAGUCAACUCUUUAAGUAUGUUAACACGCUUAACCCGAAAAUUCAGUUCACAUAUGAAGCUAACCCUAAACAAAUAGACUUCUUAGAUCUCACUAUCCACUUGCAAGAGAACUCAGAUAAACCACAAUUCGAACUCUUCAUAAAACCGACAAGUUUGGGCAUAUUCCUCAACUACAACUCUGGACAUCCGAGAAGUACUAUUAUGAAUAGUGCUAGGAACGAGUUGUUAAGAGCAGUGAGAAACGGGUCUACAGACGAAUUCAAACAACGUGGUGUAAAUAAAAUCAAAGACAUGUUACUCUCCAAUUACUCUGUUAUAGAGAGGUUGACGAGGGAAAUAAACAAAGAUAAACCACCUAACCAGACACGACUGAGAAUCACACAGUACCUAAGCCUCCCAUAUGUUAAUGAAUACCACAAACGGAAAGUAUAUCAGAUUCUACGUCAAAAUGAUCUAUUGGACAAAACCAAAGUAUCAUUUUAUCCGGACAAGAAACUGGGAGAGAUUCUUACUAGGUCAGCACUACACCCUACACCAUGUAACAAACAGAGUGCUUCAAAGUGCUAUGAUUGUGAUGAUCUAUGUAUGCAGAAGAACAUAGCGUACAAACUGACAUGCAAUAUCUGCAAUGCAAAGUACUGUGGUGAAACAGGCAGGUUCAAACGCAACAGAUGCUGGGAACACCUAAAAUCUGUAAGGAAUAAAAAUAACAAGACGGCCAUGGGGAAACAUUAUCUCAUGUCACACCCUGAAAUAAAAGAAAUUCCUAUCGAACCAUUUAAAUUUGAAGUCCUCAAAGUAUGUAAGGAUUAUGCAGACCGAAUGAUCUGGCAAUCACUGUAUAUCAAGCAGUUACUUCCUAAAAUAAACACUCAGCUCUCACCUGAAGCAGACUCGUGGCAAAAGACCACAUGGGCUAUUAUGUAA